AUGCAGGAGUCUCCGGGUGCCAUGGGUGUGGAUGGCAGCUACGCCAGCAACGUGCCGGCCUUCCUCACCAAGCUGUGGACCCUGGUGGAGGAUCCCGACACCAACCACCUCAUCUGCUGGAGCGCCACUGGGACGAGUUUCCACGUGUUUGACCAGGGACGCUUCGCCAAGGAAGUCCUGCCCAAAUACUUCAAACACAACAACAUGGCCAGCUUCGUCCGGCAGCUCAACAUGUAUGGUUUCCGUAAGGUCGUGAACAUUGAGCAGAGCGGUCUGGUGAAACCUGAGCGAGACGACACAGAGUUCCAACAUCUUUACUUCCUCCAGGGACACGAACACCUGCUGGAGCACAUCAAGAGGAAGGUUUCCAUAGUGAAGAGCGAGGAGACAAAAGUCCGUCAGGAGGAUCUCAGUAAACUGCUGUACGAGGUUCAGCUGCUGCGAACGCAACAGGACAACAUGGAGUGUCAGAUGCAAGACAUGAAACAGCAGAACGAAGUCCUGUGGAGAGAGGUGGUGUCCCUGAGACAGAACCACACACAGCAGCAGAAGGUCAUGAACAAGCUGAUUCAGUUUCUGUUCAGCCAGAUGCAGUCCAACACACCCAGCUCUGUAGGCCUGAAGAGAAAACUGCCCCUCAUGCUGGACGAUGGUUCCCCCAGCCCUCCUGCCACCAAAUUCAGCCAUAGUCACCCGAUGGAGCCGCUCCAUGAGCCCUUCUACAUCCAGUCGCCAUCCAGUGAGAGCGCCUCCUGCUCUACCAGCGGGCUGACCGGAGGGCCAAUCAUAUCAGACGUCACCGACAUGUCCCAGGCCGGCAUGGCCCUCCAGAUGCAGCCCGAUGAGACCCGAGAGAAGUGCAUGAUGCUGAUCAAAGAGGAGCCGGUGAGCCCGGGAGUGAGAGGAGGAGCAGGGAAAGGAGGCGGUGUGGGAGGAGGCGAGGCCGUGCCGCUCACCUCCUCCUGUGACGUCUGCUCCUCGGAGCCGCCCGUCCUGCCCGUGGCCAUGGUCCAGUCCGUUCUGGAGGGGCGGAGCUCGGCGGCCUCCGUGGGCGAGAGGAGGAGCAAGAGAGCCGCCCUGGACAGAGUGGAGGUGUCUGAUGCGGUGGAGAAUGUGGACAUGAGCCUGGAGGAGCUGCAGCAGCUGCUACUGAGGAGCCAUCAACAGAGCGCAGUGGAGCCUGGGAGCACUGCUGUUAUGGAUCCCUUCAGUUUAAGCCUGCCUCUGACCGAGUGGAACUUCACAGAGAUGGAGUCCAACCUCAAAUCAUACAUGUUUCAGAACCAGGAAGCGGAGGCCUUCCCAGCGACUGGCUGUGAAGAGCAGUGAUCGACCAAUCACAAGCCACGGACUGCCCUAUCUGACCUAGCCAGAGAAGUUGCCAUUCCCUCAUUCCACGCUGCAUGAGUUUGAAUCCACGGCCCUGACUUGUUCAUUUUUUCCUCUUCUUCUUUU